AUGCCUUCUUUCAGCCCACCAGGCUCGAUACGUCGCCACUUCCUCAGGAUCAUCAGCUUUGGCCGAUACAGAAGUCAUAGCGCAGAAGACACAGAACCACUCAUCAAAACCUACGGAUCCAGCCGCAGACACAGUGCACCGGCCGACAUGGACGCUCAGUCAACUAAUCGACCCAUAUACACUGCACAUCAAAGCCCGCAAUCCUCUGGAAGCGCUCAAACGACUAUCAUCCAUGAAGUUCCACCAGGCACAGUGCCCUUCUCCAUCGAUGCCUUCCGAGACCAACGUCGCGGUUACUACGACCCUGAGUUUGACACGCCCAGCCAAGAGUCAGAGCAAGAAGUUACAGGCGCGACUGUACAUAUUGAAGAGCCAACCUGGGAUCCCACUCGCCUUUGCCGCAACAAGUCUAUCAUGCAUUGUAACAUUUGCAAUCGCAUCUGGGAGUACAAUCAGAUACAUUGUCCCGGCUGUGCUGCCAGGACUUUGCACCAUAUUCCUGGAUCGAGUGAGGACUCGUAUACCGACAGCAAGGACAACGAUCAUGAACACCGCUCUCUUCGUCCUCGUAGACAGAGGGGAAAUAAUGGGGAUGAGGUUGUGCCAAUGGACAGCAAUUGGGAUGAACAUGGUCUGGAGUCUGGGACCGCGGACGAAUCUUGGAGAACAACCGACGCAGCCAACACAUCUGCACAAGACUCCACCGAUCUACCUGCAGAAAGCCAUCCCACAGGCAAGGAUCCAAAGAAGAUUCGCUACUCGACCGCCCACUGCUGCUACGGUAAACCAGGAGUCACUUUGGUGUACCAUUGCUGCUGUGGUAACCCAAGCUCCCACAAAGACUCAGAUCCUACUCUAUGCACUCAACCAUGCACUCUUCGCGCAUGGCCUGUCACUGCGGCUGUCGUUUUCGGUGGCCCUGCUCCCGACAAACCUGUGUGCAGAUGUUCGAGAUGGACAAGUCGCCAUGUGUGUGGUCGCUUGUGGGGUGCUCAGUACGUGGAAAUCAUGGAGGAUGAGCUUGAGCCAUGUGGAUGUGAUGACGAAAGACGUGGUAGGCGUUCCAAGAAGAAGACUGUAUGGUGGAUGAGGUUUCUGAAGUGGUUUUGUUGCUGUUGA